CGCAGCCCCGAGCUCGCCCGCCGCUCUUCGCCCGGGGAAAUGCGAGUCCCCUGGCUCUGGGCCGGGAGCCCCUUUGUGGCCGGCCGCGUCUGGAAAGCAGACCGAGCCGCUCUGAAGCCUUUGCAGGAUCGGGUGGGACGCGCAGGGGGGCCCGGGCACGGGAGGGGGCAGGGAGCACCCACGCUCUGUUCCCGUCCACCCCAGGCGGAGCAGCCUGUCGCACUAAAGAUGAAAGGCCGGGGUUGGCUGGCCCUGCUUCUGGGGGCUCUGCUGGGGACGGCCUGGGCGCGGAGGAGCCAGGAUCUGCACUGUGGAGCUUGCAGGGCUCUGGUGGACGAACUGGAGUGGGAAAUUGCCCAGGUGGAUCCCAAGAAGACCAUCCAGAUGGGGUCUUUCCGGAUCAAUCCAGAUGGCAGCCAGUCAGUGGUGGAGGUGCCUUAUGCUCGCUCAGAGGCCCACCUCACAGAGCUGCUGGAAGAGGUGUGUGACCGGAUGAAGGAGUAUGGGGAACAGAUUGAUCCUUCUACCCACCGCAAGAAUUACGUUCGGGUAGUGGGCCGGAAUGGAGACCCUAGUGAACCAGACCUACAGGGCAUCCGAAUUGAUUCGGACAUCAGCGGCACCCUCAAAUUUGCGUGCGAGAGCAUCGUGGAGGAAUAUGAAGAUGAACUCAUUGAAUUCUUCUCUCGAGAGGCCAACAAUGUCAAAGACAGACUUUGCAGCAAGCGAACAGAUCUGUGUGACCAUGCCCUGCACAUAUCCCAUGACGAGCUGUGAACCACUGGAGCCCCCCAGACCGGCAGACGUGAUGGAUUACCCCCAGGAGGGGAGAGGGUGGCCAUGCCUUUUAUAUUAUAUUUUUAGUGAAAAGAACUGAAAAAAAAAAAAAAAAAAGAACCGAAAGUACAA